AUGAUUGGUACACCAAUUGCUCCUAUCAACAGCUGGAAUAACGAUUACCAAACCAUCGGUUAUGGAAAUUACGGCUAUGGUAUUUAUACACAAGAUGUCGAAGUCUAUCGUAAUUCAUUCACCGGACAUAUCAAUAUCGAACGAGAAGUUGACUUUGUUCCACUAGGUAACAGGUAUUUCCAACCAUACACUGGUUUUCCUGCUGCUAUUCACCAACAUUAUAUCAAUUAA